CGGCCCAAGGCCGGUGCCGAGAGCCGGGCGGGCGGGGUGCAGGUGGAGCUGCAGGGCUCCGAGCUCUGGAGGAGGUUCCACGACAUCGGCACCGAGAUGAUCAUCACCAAGGCCGGCAGGAGGAUGUUCCCGUCGGUCCGGGUGAAGGUGAAGGGGCUGGAGCCGCUGCAACAAUAUUACAUCGCUAUCGACGUCGUGCCCGUGGACUCCAAAAGAUACAGGUACGUCUAUCACAGCUCGCAGUGGAUGGUGGCGGGGAACACGGACCACUCCUGCAUCACCCCGCGCCUCUACAUCCACCCCGACUCCCCCUGCUCGGGGGAGACCUGGAUGAGACAAAUCAUCAGCUUCGACCGCGUGAAGCUCACCAACAACGAGAUGGACGACAAGGGGCACAUCAUCCUGCAGUCCAUGCACAAGUACAAGCCCCGCGUGCACGUUAUCGCCCAGGAUUCUCGCUUCGAUCUAGCGCAGAUCCAGUCGCUGCCGGCCGAGGGGGUGCAGACCUUCUCCUUCCAGGAGACCGAGUUCACCACGGUCACGGCCUACCAGAACCAGCAGGUACCGGGGGUCGGGGGGAUGGAGAGAGCCCCGGCGGUACCGGGGGUCCGGGGGAUGGAGAGACGCAGGGGGGUCCUGGAUGGGCUCCUGGAGACCUACCCGUGGAGACCCCCCCUCGCCCUGGACUUCAAGGCUUUCGGCGCAGACAGCCAGGGUGGGAGCUCCAGCUCUUCCCCAGUGGCCUCCAGCGGUGGGACCCCCUCUCCUCUGAACCCCCUGCUCUCUCCAUCGUGCUCCCCUCCCACGCUUCACUUGCCUGCGAGCAACCUGGGCAUGUCGUGCCCCGAGAGCUUCCUGCACCCCCUCAACCUUCCCCUCUACUACAAGAUCUGCCCUACGAGCUUCUUGAGACAACAGGCGCUCCUCUUCCCCAGCCACGAAAAACUGGGAGCCACCAACCCACACCUUUUACCCCACUUCAUGGUGGAUAUGCCCAAACUGUCUUCCCUGAAAAACGCCAAAGCCGAAGACUUAAACGCUCAGUGCCUACAAGCCCCCGGUUCUGCUGGUCAAAUGCUGUAUGGAUUACAUGCAUCUGGAAACAUUUUCCCAUCAAGUCCCAUUGCUCGGGAAGCACUUAAUUGUUCUUUACAUCCUCCAUAUGGCUUGUAUGGUUAUAACUUCUCUGUGCCAUCCAGACUGAUGAAUGCAGCAGGGCAUUUCAAAGUGAGUGACAGCAUUCCGGCUGCUUUGAGGGACGGCAGAUGCAAUCACUCCAGCUGGCACCCCACAAUUAACCACUGCCUGUAGUGGGAUCAGAGAAUAUUUCUGAGCUAUGUAAAGCAAGUCCUUCCUUCCUUCAUACCCAGGGGCUUGUUAGUUACUGCCUCUGAAACACUGCAUGGGACAGGAGCGGGAUGGGCAGGCAUUUAA